GCCGGCAGAGUAGGCGGAGCAGGGCGGUGCGGGGUGGCGUAGCGCUGGAGGGCGAUGGUGGCGGAGCUGCUGGGGGCGGAGGCAACGUAGCCCCCGCGGAAAAGGAGCCCCGCAGCGCCUGAGUCGAGCCGAGGAUGGAGAACCGGCCUGGGUCCUUCCAGUACGUCCCUGUGCAGCUGCAAGGGGGGGCGCCCUGGGGCUUCACCCUUAAGGGGGGUCUGGAACACUGCGAACCGCUCACGGUGUCUAAGAUUGAAGAUGGGGGCAAGGCAGCCUUGUCCCAGAAGAUGAGAACUGGUGAUGAGCUGGUGAAUAUCAAUGGCACUCCAUUGUAUGGCUCCCGCCAGGAGGCCCUCAUCCUCAUCAAAGGCUCCUUCCGGAUCCUCAAGCUGAUUGUCAGGAGGAGAAACGCCCCUGUCAGUAGGCCGCACUCAUGGCAUGUGGCCAAGCUGCUGGAGGGAUGCCCUGAAGCGGCCACCACCAUGCAUUUCCCUUCUGAAGCCUUCAGCUUGUCCUGGCAUUCCGGCUGCAACACGAGUGACGUGUGUGUGCAGUGGUGCCCACUCUCCCGCCACUGCAGCACUGAGAAAAGUAGCUCCAUCGGCAGCAUGGAGAGCCUGGAGCAACCAGGCCAAGCUACCUACGAGGGCCACCUCUUGCCCAUAGAUCAGAACAUGUACCCCAACCAGCGCGACUCAGCUUAUAGCUCCUUCUCGGCCAGCUCGAAUGCCUCUGACUGCGCCCUUUCCCUCAGGCCAGAGGAGCCGGGCUCUGCAGAUUGCCUCACGCAAGGCCCCGGGCCAACAAAAGCCCCUAAUAGCCGGCCAAGCGUGGCCGAGACCUCAGGAGGUAGCCGGCGAACCACCGGGGGCCCCCUGACUCCCAGCUCCCAGCUGUCAUCCCGCCCACAGGAGGCCCACCACUCAGGGCCUGCCAAGGCUGCCAGAGGCCCACCACAGCCUCCAGUGAGGCGAGAUAGUCUGCAGGCCUCCAGAGCCCAGCUCCUCAAUGGAGAGCAGCGCAGGGCAUCUGAGCCUGGGGACUCCUCGCAGCAGAAGGAGAAAGUGAGCUUAGACACCAUGCUAUCCCCAAGGAACCCUAGCAGGUUCUGCUGCCUCAGUGGGCAAGACCAAGUGGCAAAUGAGGGCCAGCAGAACUGUGAGCUCAGCCAAGUUUCUGAAUCCAGCCAGCAGGACCCUGAACAUCUACUGAUGGAGGCCUCAGCCAAAGCUGUCGGAUUCCCAAAAGUGUAUGAUAAAGCUUCCAGCAUAGAUUCCAGCCAGCUCAACAAAGCUUCGGCAGAGCUAGCUAAGACUUCUUCUUUUGGCAGCCUUCCACACCUCACAGGACUCACCGGGCAUCGCCACAGUGCCCCAGAACAGCUGCUGGCAUCCCACUUACAGCAUGUGCACCUUGAUGCCAGGGGCAGCAAGGGCACAGAGCUCCCAGCUGGGCAAGAUGGCCAUGAGUGGACUCUGUCACCUUUGCAUAGCAGCCACACAGGGAAGAUAAGUCCAUGUCCCCCUCCAGGAGGAGCCCAGGACCAGCUCAGCAAAGAAAGAAAGACCAGGCAACUGGAUGAUAGGCCCUUGGGUUCAGGGCAUCAGAGCCCAAGCAGUUCACCACACAGAGAGGCUGAUGGACACCCUCCAGAGAAAGGUCUCCAGGACCCAAACAGAGCAUGCCGAGCAGGCAUUGACCUAGCCAGCCAGCAGCCCUCUGCCUCUGGCUCCCUUGUUCAACAAGCCAGGGACUGUUCUUCAGCCACUAAAGGAGCUGGCAGCACAGAGGCCACUGAAGAAGGGGAGUGUGGCCGGGUGGGUGGUAGACGGAAUGGAGGACCCCGGGGCCGCUCAAUCCAAAACCGGCGGAAGAGUGAGCGUUUUGCUACCAAUCUGCGUAAUGAAAUCCAGAGGAGGAAGGCCCAGCUCCAGAAAAGCAAGAACCCCUUGUCACAGUUGUGUGACACUAAGGAGUCUGUAGAGGAGACUGAGGAGCCCCUAGAAAGUACUCCACUUCCUGCCUCUAACUCAUCUCUUCUGUCCUCAUGUAAAAAACCACCUAGCCCCAGAGAUAAGCUCUUCAACAAGAGCAUGAUCCUCAGGGCUCAGUCUUCAGAGUGCCUCAGCCAAGCCCCAGAGAGCCAUGAAUCGACAGGCUUGGAGGGACAAAUAAGCCCUUCCCAGAGGCCUGGCCAGCCCUCUGUGGGCCUGAACACCUGGUGGAAAGCAUCUGAGCCCUCCUCGUCAGACUCUGAGAAAACAAGUGUUCACCGCAGAGUCCGUGGAGGUCACUGGCGGUGGUCUCCAGAGCACAACCUGCAGCCACAUAUGGCACUAGCCAUGGAAGGCCCUUCUAACCCAGGUGACAGCAAGGAAUUGAAGGCUUCUGCUACCCAAGCUGGGGAGGAAGCCAUCCUCUUGCCCUUCGCAGACAGAAGAAAGUUCUUUGAAGAGAGCAGCAAAUCCUUCUCUGCAUCUCAUUUGCCAGGUUUAACCACUCACAGCAGUAAGACUUUUACCCAGAGACCAAAACCUAUAGACCAAAACUUCCAGCCAAUGAGCUCCAGCUACAGGGAACUGAGGCGCCAUCCGAUGGACCAGUCCUACCAUUCCGCAGACCAGCCAUAUCGUGCUCCAGAGCAAUCGUAUCAUUCCCUGUCACCCCUUCAGUCAGAAACUCCCACCUACUCCGAAUGUUUUGCAAGCAAAGGUCUAGAACAAUCCAUGUGCUGCAAGCCACUGCACUGCAGUGAUUUUGAGUACCGCAGGACCUGCUCUUACUCCUGCGGCAUCCAGGGAGCCGUAGUCCAUGACCCUUGCAUUUAUUGUCCUGGAGAGCUCUGCCCAGCUCUGAGGAAGAGAAACAUGAUGCCCAACUGCUACAGCUGUCGAUGCCACCACCACCAGUGCAUCCGGUGUGCAGCGUGCUAUCAUAACCCCCAGCACGGUGGCCCUGAGGACAUCAGCCUGGCGCCUGGCACCACCUGGAAACCCAGGAAGCCCACAGUGCAGGAAUUUCCUGGGGACAAAUGGAAACCAAUAACAGGAAACAGGAAGACCAGCCAGUUAGGGAGGGAAAUGGCUCAUUCAAAGGCUAGCUUGUCUUGGGCAACACCGUUCCAUCCUUGCCUUGAGAACCCAGCACUGGACUUGUCAAGCUACCGAGCAAUCUCUUCCCUUGACCUUCUCGGAGACUUCAAGCACUCCUCGAAAGAAACAGAGGAAACUUCCGCUUAUGAGGAGGGGAACUCCAUGGCCUCCAUGCCCCGCCCGCUGCGGAGUCGUGCCUUCUCAGAGAGUCACAUCAGCUUGGAGCCACAGAGCUCUGGGGCCUGGGGGCAGCAUAGGAGAGAACUCUUUACCAAAGUUGAUGAGACCCAGCGGGAUCCUUUGGGAGCCCGAAAGAAGGCCUUUCCUCCUCCUCGCCCUCCUCCUCCCAACUGGGAGAAGUACAGGCUAUUCCGGUCAACCCAGCAGCAGCAGCAACAGAAGCAGCAACAAGAGGAGGAGGAAGAGGAGGAAGAAGAGGGAGAAGAGGAGGAAGAGGAAGAAGGGGGAGAGGAGGAAGGGGAGGAAGAGGAGCUGCCCCCCCAGUAUUUCAGUUCAGAAACCACUGGUAGCACUGCCCUCCAUCCUGAAGAGGUCCUGGAGCAGCCACAACCCUUGGGCUUUGGCCACUCGGAGGCUUCAAAGCAGAGCUCACAGAAGCACCCAACAGAACAAGAGUCCUCUGGUCUCCACCCCAGCGAUUUCCUGCCUCCGGUGAGGGGCCACUUGGGAUCUCAACCUGAGAAGACUCAGCCCCCUUGCUGUUACAGUACAGGUGGGCUUUGGAGGACAUCAGAGAAGGAAAUCACCAACUCCCCCAAACCAGAAGCCUCGAUGGCAGAAGAGUCCAAACCCACGCCAGCGUGGAGCCAGAGCUACUUCUUCCCUGAGGAGCAGUUCUCUUUCGUGGGCUGGGGCUCUGAGAAGCAGCACCUCAGCCCCACAGGCUUCAGUGAACCCAAGACAACAGGACAAGAAUUUCAGCACUUCUCACCUCCUCUGGGGGCCCCAGGGAUGCCUACCUCUUACUCAGCCUAUUACAAUAUUUCUGUGGCCAAGGCAGAACUGUUGAACAAGUUGAAAGACCAACCCGAAAUGGCAGAGAUUGGCCUGGAAGAGGAAGAAGUUGACCAUGAACUGGCUCAAAAAAAGAUACAGCUUAUUGAGAGCAUCAGUAGAAAACUUUCUGUCCUGCGGGAGGCCCAGCGAGGACUGCUAGAGGACAUCAGUGCCAAUUCUGCCCUUGGGGAGGAGGUGGAAGCCAACCUAAAAGCGGUCUGUAAAUCCAAUGAGUUUGAAAAAUACCGUUUGUUUAUCGGGGACCUGGACAAAGUGGUUAACCUGUUGCUGUCCCUCUCUGGACGACUGGCCCGGGUGGAGAAUGCUCUCAACAGCAUCGAUUCAGAGACCAACCAGGAGAAGUUGGUGCUGAUAGAGAAGAAGCAGCAGCUGACAGGGCAGUUGGCAGAUGCCAAGGAGCUGAAGGAGCAUGUGGACAGCCGGGAGAAGCUGGUGUUUGGCAUGGUCUCCCGCUACCUGCCUCAGGACCAGCUCCAAGACUACCAGCACUUUGUGAAGAUGAAAUCUGCUCUCAUCAUCGAACAGCGAGAGCUGGAGGAGAAGAUCAAGCUUGGGGAAGAGCAGCUCAAAUGUCUCAGGGAGAGCCUACUCCUGGGGCCCAGCAAUUUCUAAUCCACCAGUAGACUGACAUGCCAUCCCUGCCCAGACACAACGGGAAGUGCUUUCAACCUUUGUUAGCAGUUUGUUAGCAAGUAGAUAGCAGUUAGUUAGCAGUUUGUUCCAUAGCCUCUACCUUGGACAUCUGUCACUGCCCCUCACCUAGCAAUACCCCCAUCCAGCUAGGAGUCCCUGAGGAGGCCCCAAACUUCUACCCUAGGGAGAAGCAAGAAGCAGGAAGUGCCUGCAGCAAGGUGUGAUUAUACAACCACACUCUCAUUCCCACAGUUUGCAUAGGCAAGCACUCACUGCACACAGAACCAAAAAAAUGUCUUCAUUCUUCUUGGUACCAGGACUCCAAAGACAUCAUGCACUCACCACCCAUCCACACCACAAUCCGCCUCUUGAGGCUCAGAGAGAAUCUGCCUGUGUAGCUCCAUCCUGCUCAAGGUUCGUUGCCCAGCCAUUUCCCACAGAGAUCUGAAUGUCUUGAAGGUAUCACUCACCACCAAUUUAAGGGCCUCAUGUAAGCUUUGCAGUGGGAAGCACAGAAAGAAGAAAUUACAUGAAACAAUGUAAGCAAAGACUGGGAACCCCUAGGUGCCCCUGCAGAAGCUAGGCUUACAUGAAUCAGCUCCAUUUCCACCUUCCCCAGCAGCUGACUGAGGGGGAAGGAGGCCUACUCUCUGCCCUGGCUAGUGUGGCCUUCCUCCUGUCCUGAGACUUUUGGCCUACCACAUUCUGUCCCUUCCUACCUUUCCUUGCUGGGGGUUAUAGGUGCCUACCCUAAGGUCUUCACGCUAUGGGCCAUUAAGAGCUCCACUAAAGCUGACUUCUGGAUACACAUUUCAUUAUUGAGGAAGGGAUUCUUUGCUGUACUUUAAAUGACCUUUUGAUUUUAUUUAUUUUUAUGUUUUGAUUUUUUUUUCAUUUUUGUUAACUAAGAAGGUGAGAAAAGGGGAAUCAGAGAGGGAAAAGUAAUUCCAGAAGGAAGGUGUUUUCUGUAGAUCAGCCUGAAUUUCACCAAGGUUAGAUGAGCAAAAGCCAAAGCCUCAAAUUCUUCGCCCCUGCCAACCCUGCGAGAGCCAAAGUCUUGAAUUCUUUCCCUGAAGUUUACAAGGGUCUACGAAAGGAGUUUUCACCUUGAACUCAGCUUACUUUGGCCUGGCCCUAUACUUUCCUUGACAUCAGGAUAACCAUAAGCUUAGCAUUCCCCAACAGGUUUAAGUUUUAAGGGUUUACCCAUUUUUCUACCACCUCCCAUCUAAGAAAUUGGGUAGCAGAGAGUUCAGGAGAUCUUCCAUCUCACAUUUGCUUUUUCCAGCCUCUGGCCUGACCCAGGGAACUGAAAUUCAUGGUAGCUAGAAGCUCCAGUCAGGGCCACCCCUUCAUAAACCACCCCCCCAACCCACAACCCACCCCUCCACCCCUGCCCAGAGCAACUUGCGACCCAGCCAGGAUCUUAGGCACACAAACAAUGAACGCUGCUAUUGUUGCCAAGGUCCUGUCCUAGAAAAUUGGAAAAUCCCUCAGGUGGGCGACAGCAGGAAAGGAGCUGUGACCAAACUCUAGCCUAUUAUCCAGCUCCAUUCCCUCUUCCUCGCUCACUGGAGCCCCUGGUUCCUGUUGCACAGCCCUGCCCAGUUAAGCCCUGACAUCUCUUCUAGUUACUGCUGAGUUUCCCAGGGUCCUUGGAGGUGAACUGUAGCAGCAGGGAUGCCUCAUUCAGCCAAAGAAUUUGCCAAAGAACUUUGCUGCUGCUACAAAUACUGCUCUCUAGCUUCCAUUUCCUCUUCAUUGUAUUUGGAAACAAUGGAAGAAUCUUGGCCAGCUGUGUGUCCUGAGGGGGUCCCUUGGUAUGCUCUUAGUGAACUGCUGCUAUCAGAACCACUGUUAAAAUGUCAACCUGCCAUUCUCCCCUCAAGUGGAGGAAUCUAUGCUAUUCAGGAAGGCUGAUGGCUUGUAAAGGGCUAGGCUUACCCAAGCCAAGGUUGAGGAAGGUGGGGGAGUGCUAUGAAUAGAGGCUGCUGUUGUCAUCUUUUUUUUUUUUUUUCUUAAACAGGCUCUAGGAUAAAUAAGGAGUAAAUUGAGAUGUCCUGUAUGGGGGUGGUUUGAGGCCAACAUAAUCCAUCAUUCUAAGAUUUGGGGUGGUGCUAAAACAGCUUUUUGGGAACACUGACACAGGGAAAAGAGUACCUGGACACAAAGACCACAUUCUGGGUUUUCCUAGUCAGCAUUAGAUUGGUUGUAUAUUAAAUUUAUCACUCUAGAAGUACUAUUGACUAUGUUAUUUUUGUCCCUCAUCCCACCUGAGAUUAGAGUUGAAAUCAGAACAAAAGGAUGCUCAUUUUCACCAGAAGGAUGGUUUCUAAAGCACUUAAUAAAAUAACCCCUAUACUGAGCAGUGAAGCUUGGCAGACAAAAGUCUGCUACUAAACAGGAACUAAUGCCCCAAGCUACAGAUGUGAAUGAUGGUUCUUCAGAGCUGUCAGUAUUAUUUGAGAUGCAGUGCCUCUCCCCUGUUCUCAUUUCCUGGGCUCAGCCCUCUGGCAAGGUCUGAGGUGUGUAGCAGUGUGGAAGGUGGGCCAGAGGAUUUCCCCAAAGAGAGUUAUUGGGUCCUGACUUCUGUCCUCUCUCUUCAAAUACUCACACAGGCCCCAGUGGGUAAUAGCUUGAUAGAGAGGAAUCCGUGCAAGGGUUACUAUCGCUUGUCCCUUCUUACUCCCCUACCCCAACCCCGGGCUCUGGGUAGUUAAGUCUCCUUGAGUCCCACCAGCUACAGACUCAGCCAGGGCUUAGUGGUAAAUGCUCAAGGGGAACCCAAGAGAGACAGACACACUAAAAACAAAACCCCAGAAAGGAAGAGACAAUGCAGAGGAGCUAAGAGGAUAAAAGAUGAAAAAGACUUUUUCAAAUCCAGGAUCAGGCUCUGUUUUCCAUUUAGCCCCCUGUGUCAGAAAGCUUCCCUGGGGGAACCAGAACCACAACCUGAACCCCAGUCUCCCUGAAAGUGCUGCUCUGCCCAUAGCAAGUCCCAGAUGGAGGAAUCUGAGCACAUUUCUGGCUACUUCCUCCUGUUUGGAGCUUGGUGACUCCCACUGUCUUUGGCAAAGGAGUUGUCUAUGUCAGUAACAGUUCUGUAACAGUGUAUUAUAUUCUUUGAAGAUUAGUAGAUCUUUAGAGGGGGGUGGGGCAGGGGGCAAUUUCUAUCGAUUAAGAACCAGUGUUUGUUGUACAGCUGUUGGGGGUCAUCUAUGCCAUGUAAAGCUAUUGUUUUUCUGAAUCUAAUUGUUUCUGAGAUUGUGUCCUCCACCACUCCUGUCUUGGCUGACAUUGAUAUGCCUGCCAGAUUGUCAUCAAGGGUUAUACUUCAAUAAAGGGUGCUAAGGACAAAAAAAAAAAA